CGAUGGUUUCCGGGGGGUUUCCGAGGCCCAGUUAGGGCGCAGAGAAGCGAAGCCGAAGGUCUACGUAGAUAUCAUUCCUAAAGGGGUUUCCCCUCCAUCUGCUGAAAGCUUUUCACUUUUCACGUGCUGCCAGUGCUUGACGUGAUUUGCACGAUGAGGGCCAUAAUAUGUACUUCGAUCAGAUUUAGCAACAAAAGAUUGCCGAGAGUAGUCUGAUUUUGUGCUGCGUUCUCUGAGCUUAAUCUGUACCCCAUACGGCUGGAGAAGUAAGGCAAAUGUGCGCCUGCUAAAAUCUUCAAAUGGCAUCAGCUGAACUGACAAUGAGCGCCACGUGGGGUGUCCUCAAGUCAAGAGGACCGAAGCUCGGGUUGAGAGAGCAGAGCACUCUGGUGCACACCACCUGCACAGGACAGAACCAUGCACAUCAACUUCAAUUCAAUCAAUUUGCACCUUGGAAAGCUGGAACCAGCCGAAGAAACGGGCGCCAUAGACGCCCCUGGACUAGGUGCAGUACAGCCAAUGAUGGACAGUCUAGCAACGGCCCGUCGCUCUUCUCCCUUGCUGCAAAGGGACUGCUUGUACAACCGUUGAGCCUGGAAGAGCAGGUUGCAUUAGAAAAGCAAUCCGAAGAAAGCCGGCAGCCUGCGGAUACGCAUUCUAGUUCUGUUCCCCUGUCUGGCUUGGUCAAAGGGCGGGUCCUAAGUUUGGCUGAGCAAGUGGAACUAGAGCAUACUGCUGGCAACACGGAAUCUGCAACACCUGGAGAGGCGCCAAGAAAUGGGAAAGCAGGGACCGCUUUCGGACUUGGGGCUAUUGAGGCUCCUGAGAGGCCAGGAGACGGGAACUCAAAGGAUGCGGAAAGCAGCGGGCAGCUUUCUCUUUCUGAAGUUGCGACGGGGUUCGGGGGCCGUGCGUUGAGCUUAGAGGAGCAAGUCGAGUUGGAACGACAAGCGGAGGAGCAAGGAAACGAAAGCCCCGCGGGGAAGCCUGUGGAUAAGGGAUGGGAAAGAAACGGGUCGGGAGAGACGGGCAGAGGCGAGGGGGACGGCCGAACUUUACAGCCGUUCGAUGAGAGGCAAGUAGAAAUCGAGGCGGCCUUGGGAAAGAAGUUGCAGGAAGUGUUGAGGGAAGAGGGAUCGCUGCAGCAGAGGCCGGACGACCGGGUUGGUCCAAAUGGAGAAGCGUCCGGGAAAUUAGAGGACCUUGAAAUCGGAAGGGGUGUCCUUAGCACAGGUGGCGCUAGUGAAGCCAAAAGUGGCUCAAGUCCGCCCCCGUUGGAGGUGUCGCUUGCCGUGGUAGAUUCCUCCCAGGCGGAGCAUGCUCUUGCGACGCUUCGGGCGCAGGUGUUCUACACGUAUCCAGACGUUGGAAAAAUGACAGCGGCGCAGAAAGUGACGGCGAGGUCCGAGUUCCGGAUGAAGCUCAAGGAGAACAUGCAGGAGGAGAAGGGGAUGAUCGACUUUUUCCGGGCGGUGAAGCGGCCCGAGCACGCGGUGCUCGCGCUGUGCGACCUUCCGUACUACCAGUCUCUUCUGUCCGAACAGAGUGCGCCAGGCCAAGCGUCCGAACCGGACCCCUUCCGUGACGUCAUCCUGCGGCCCGCAACUCUCAAGCGGAGAGAGACGGUCACGGACGGCCUGGGCAGCUUCGAGGUGGAGCACGAGAUGGCCGUCAUCGCCACUUUCGCGCUUCAGGUAGGAUCAAAGCUGUCCGGCCAAAACCUGGUCGGGGCAAAGCCGCUCGAGGUCCCGCUUCAACGGAAGGAACGAGGGUACCUGUACAGCGUUUGCGUGUUGCCCACUUUACAGCGGAGGGGCUUGGGGCGUUACCUCGUGGAAGAGGCGAAAUCUCGAGCGAGAGAGAUGGGUAUUAAGCACCUCUAUGUGCAUGUUGAGCUUUCAAACGAAAGAGCAGAAAAGCUCUACAAAGAGACAGGGUUUGUGACGGAGCAAGUUGAGACGGAGGAGCUUGCGAGGAAUCUCAAGCGGCCGAGACGACAGAUGCUUUGGUGCGAGCUCUGAUCAAUGUAGCUAUGCUGGUCAGUUGCCGGACUGGACAUUGUUCAGGUUCGUCGAAACUUCUGGUCGAAUACGCAGUGCGAACGAUGGGGCGGUCCCCGUACACGAGUUGCAAAAUCAUGAGCAGACUCACCUGGCCUGCAAUUGACGAGAAUUGCACUGCUACAGCCA